AUGGCGCGAGAGGCGACGGCAGCACGGACGACACCAAGGUACGUGCGCGUGCGAUUCAUCUUCUUGGUCCGUCCGGCGGCCGGCGGCGCAGGCCGGCAGAGGACGAUCGUGCUCACGUACGUUUUUCGUGGGUUUCUCUCGAUCAAGGCGUUCGAGGCGGCGUGGAACGCGGCGUGCGGCGCCAGGGGGCCGUCCGCGGUGAUGGUCGUGCCGGCGCAGAGGUCGUUCCUCGUCGGCCCCGUCAGCUUCCAGGGGCCCUGCGCCUCCGGAAGAGUCACCGUGCAGAUCCAGGGCACGAUCAUGGCGCCGCUGUCGACGGCAGCGAGCGCAUGGAGCAGCGGGACAAACCUCUACUGGCUGAUGUUCAAUCGCGCUUGCGUUGAAUCUGCACCGACGGCGCUGAAGCUGGUGAGCUGUAACAACCUGGAGCUGAGCCAGUUCAGCAGCCGCAACAGCCCGCAGAUGCACAUCGCCAUCAUCGAGUGCAGCGGCGUCAACGUGUGGGGGCUCAACAUCGCCGCGCCGGGGAACAGCCCCAACACGGACGGCGUCCACGUCGAGCGGAGCCAGGGCGUGCGGAUCACCAAUUCCACCAUCGGCACGGGCGACGACUGCGUCUCCAUAAGCUCCGGCAGCCGCUUCGUCACCGUCGACGGCAUCCAGUGCGGGCCUGGCCACGGAGUAAGCAUUGGGAGUCUCGGCAAGAAUGGCGAAAUCGCCGCCGUGGAGUACAUCGACGUGAACAACGUUUACUUUACAAAUACAGCGAAUGGAGCUAGGAUCAAGACGUGGGAGGGUGCGCAAGGGUACGCAAGAUCCAUCUCAUUCACCGACAUAGAAUUCGACAACGUGGACCACCCCGUAAUCAUCGACCAAUUCUACCGAGACCGCACUCUCGAGCUGGCCGUGGCGAUCAGCAACGUAACGUACACCAACCUGAAGGGGACGUCAAGCCUACCAACCGCCGUGGCGUUUGACUGUAGCGGCGGCGGCGGCUGCACAGACAUCCAUGUCAACUCCGUCAUGAUCACGAGAUCCGGUGGCCAGCAAACAUUCGCCCGCUGCCGAAACGCACAAGUGUCCAUCUCCGGACAAGUAUACCCGGAGAUACCAUGCCACUGA